AUUCUUUAAUCACUUUGACAGAUCUGUCCAUAACGAUUACAGAUAUAGAAGAUAUCUCCUCGUGAAGUAAAGCAAGGCGUUAUUAAUAUUUUUAUCAAAAUCGCUGAAAAUGGAAAACGAAGCUGGUGAUUGCGUUGACCUGUAUGUUCCAAUGAAGUGCUCCGCCUCGAGCAGGAUCAUAAAGGCCAAGGAUCAUGCAUCCAUCCAACUUACCAUUGCUGAAGUUGAUCCGAUCACCGGUAGAAUGGCAGAUAAGGUGAAAAACUAUAUUUUGUGUGGUGCUAUCCGAAGAAUGGGUGAAUCUGAUGAUUGCAUUGUGAGGUUAACCAAGAAGGAUGGCAUUAUUCCACAGAAUGCUUAGGCAAGCAGAAAUUAUUAUUUUUUAAAGUUAACCAAUAUAAUGUAUUACUACCUUGAAUAAAAACAUUACUUAAACUUCUUAAAAAGAA